AUGGAGCAAUUGGCCACCUCGUGUCGCGACGCCAGGUCCUAUCCACAGAACUUGAUCCGCCCCAAUACGUACGAAUACAACUUGACCGCGUACUACCAGCGGCUGAACGAACGAGAAGAUAGUCUGUUUCAGAACGACGCUGAGGCGGCAUUGGAUCUCUGGGAGCUCGAUGCACAGGCCACGGGUGCGUUAGCAAAGCUCGAGCUGAAUCCACGAGUCCCCAAUAACGGCUUCGAAUCUGAUCAAUCCCAGCAUUCUGGCCUUCACGUUCUGCCACAGUUCUUAGACUUUUUGUUCCCUUUUGGUAAUCAGCAAUACGCCGAAGGGUUUCACUUCAGCGGCUUCAAAUACGAAAAUCGAUUUUCGGAGGUUGACAGUGGGUUGAAGAUACCUGACCUCGGAUGGUCGGGGCGCAACUUUCAAUUUUGCUAUAAUCUGAAAUCGAUAGAGCGGUCGAGAGGCCAACCGGAGUGGCCAUGGUCUAUCCGCCAAUCGGCUUUGUAUCACUCAUUCGACGUUGAGAAUGGCCGGACGAACUGGAUAGUCAUAAAAGGAGAUCAAUUAUUGAAGAAGCGGAUCAAAUUAGCAACUGGAUCUCGGGGUCUUCCAGAAACCUCGUGCUUUGAUACAGUCGACCGUGCGUUUGCAUCAUCCCUCGCUGUCCAUGUUAUUAUGUGCGAAUGGUCUGGAGAGAAUUGGCGUUGGUUCAUCAACUUCCUAGAGGAAGCACUUCAGACUACAACCCGUCCAACGCUGUCGGCAAUGGUUGACCCUUUUCCCAGCUCGAUGGCUAAUGAGGAGCCACUCGGACACUCCAUGCUGGCACAGUGUGCAAACUCUUCUACCGAUAUUACUUUAGCUGAUCCAGUCCUACGAGGACCGCCUGCACAAGCGUACCAUUUAAAAGGUCGAUCAACUCCGAAUUGUAAGAAAAUGUCGGAUAUCGACCUAGCAUUGCAGGACUUGGAUACACUCCAACCACAAGUCACAACUAGCCACCCAGAUUUCUCUUUUAGUGAUUUGCAGAGAAUACAAUUUAUUCAGGAGAAGGUCAACGAGACUCUGUUGGUACUUAAAGUCAACGUCGAUGUCCUUAAAGAGCUGAGACAAUAUUACCACUCCAUUUGCGAAUCUGAUGGAUGGCCGCGCGACCUAAUUUUGAAGUGCAAAGGGGACAUUUUCCGGUUUGAGACACGCGUUGUAGCUGUAGAGAAAGAUCUUCGAAUGCAACAAUCAAGAACUGAAACACUGCUACGCCUGCUCGCUGACAGGAAGAGCCUGCUAUAUGGCAUCUUAGAGUAUCGAAAUAUGGAAGCUAGCAAAACACUCGCUCGAAAAGCCAAUCAAAACAUGGAAGCUAGUAAGAUCCUUGCAGGCAAAGCUCAUGAAUCUACGCGCAAUAUGGAAGUUAUUACACGCGAGAUGCAUGUAAUUGCACAGAAAACAAAACAAGAAACGGUCUCGAUGAGAAUAAUCACUCUCGUUACCUUGUUCUUCCUCCCAGGCACCUACAUAUCGACACUCAUGAGCACCGAUAUAUUUAAAGCAACAAGUACAGGCCAAUUCGGUAACACUGUCCAGCUAGGGGCUCUAAGACUGUACAUUGCGAUCAGCUUGCCCCUUGUAGUGGUCACCAUGUUGGCCUGGUACGGCGUCUAUUGGUGGGAAACCCGGAAAGAAAAGCUGCGUAUGCAGAGAUCCGCACUCAAGUCUCAUGUCUAG